AUGCCCCGAAUCAAACCUCAACUCUUUUGGCAAGGCCGCAAAAAACUAGGUCUUAACGCCGCCAAACUUCUUCCUGUUUGUCGAACCCUCGAAUCAACCGCCAACGAGCUCCGCUGGAUCAAACAGCAUGUCGCCGAAACCCCUUCCAUCAUUCCCUUUGGUGCCCGAGUAUGGAAGCUAUGCGACAGGCGAGGCAAAGGUCUCCCUUUGGCUUACGUGCUAGGCAACCAGCCAUUCGGUGAUCUCGAAAUCAAGUGUCGACCAGGGGUGUUGAUUCCCAGAACUGAAACAGAAUCCUACACCAUCCACCUCUCCAACAUCCUUCGCCGCUCUCUUUCCAGUUCCAAAUCAGAAUCAGAUCAACAUCAACACCAACCCCUAAACAUCAUCGAUCUCUGCACCGGCACAGGCUGCAUCCCCCUCCUCAUCUACUCCCAACUCUCCCGCUCUCUCCCUUUCCAGUCUCUAAACGUAGUGGGAGUCGACAUCUCCCAAAAAGCCAUCAACCUCUCCCGGCAAAACCUGCACCACAAUCUCCGUGCGCACCGCUUCCCUCGCCCUUCCAGUCCCGGAGAUAAAUCCCAUCCACAAAGAUCGCUCCAUUUCCACAAAGCCGAUAUCUUCUCCCCUACCUCCUUGGACCCCAUCCUCUCCACCCCUUCAUUAUCAUCCACUUCCUCCUCCUCCUCCUCUACAGGUACAGGUGGUGAAUGGGACCUCCUGACCUCCAACCCCCCUUACAUCUCCCCUUCAGGCUUCGCGCUGUCCACCUCUCGCUCCGUGCGCAACUGGGAACCAAAACUCGCUCUCGUCCCGCCCGUCGAGCGCGUGGAUUUACAUCAGAAGCAUUUCUACGAUCACUACUACGCCGACAACGAGAUCUUGUUACAAACGGUGGAAUAUCAGGAAGAGGACGUGUUCUAUGCAAGACUGCUGGAGAUUGCGAGGACUUAUAGGCCGAAAAGGGUGCUAAUGGAGGUCGGAGACAUGGAGCAGGCGAAGCGGGUGGUGGGGAUGGUUUUGGGGGAUGGGAAAUUGAGGGGAUUUUAUUUCGGUAGUGGGGAAGGGACUGAUGGAAAGGAAAAGGGGGCAGGGGCAGGUGCGGUGCAGAUCUGGAGGGAUGAUUUGGUGGGGUUUGAAGGGUAUGAAGAGACUUUGGAGGUGGGUGUGGGAGUUGAUGGACAAAAACAAACAAUUGUGGUGAAGGGUCAUCCGGAGGGACAUGGGAGGAGUGUGUAUUUGAGGAGGGUUGGGGUGGUUGAUGAUGUGUGA